AUGGAGGAGCAGCCGCCGGGUGCAGAGGGCUGGCGGGACGGCGCCGAGAACCUGACGGUCAGGCAAAGACUGUUGGAAGAGCUGGGUAACCUGUCCGCUCAGUUCCAGGGUAUCGAGCUUAUCCAAUCCUUCAAACCGCUCAUUAUCCCAUGUUACGGGCUGGUGGUCUUUAUCGGAAUCCUGGGCAAUUACCUGCUAAUCUACGUGAUCUGCAAGACCAAGAAGAUGCAUAACAUCACCAACUUUCUCCUGGGCAACCUGGCCUUCUCGGACAUGCUGAUGUGCGCCACUUGCGUGCCCUUCACCUUGGCAUACGCCUUCGAGCCCCGGGGAUGGAUCUAUGGCCGCUUCCUGUGCUAUUUCGUGUUCCUAAUGCAGCCGGUCACCGUUUGUGUGUCGGUCUUCACGCUAACGGUGAUAGCCGUGGAUCGGUACCGUGCCACCGUGCACCCUCUCAAGAGGAGAUUUACUAUCACAACCUGCGCCUACCUGCUGGUAGCGAUCUGGCUUCUCGCCUGCCUGCUUGCCACACCAGCGCUAGUUCACACCUACUACGUGGAGUUCCCUCAUCAGAGGUUGACCAUCUGCGAGGAGUUCUGGUUGGGUAUGAAGAGGCGCCGCCUGCUCUACGCCUACAGCACCCUAGCAAUCACUUACCUGCUGCCCUUUACGCUCAUCUCACUGUCCUACCUACGCAUCUCGGUCAAGUUACAGAACAGGGUGGUGCCCGGGAACAUCACCCAGAGUCAGGCCGAGUGGGACCGAGGCAGGCGCCGGAAGACCUUCCGCCUCCUGGUGCUGGUGGUGGCCGUUUUCGGUCUGUGUUGGCUCCCCCUACACCUCUUCAACCUGAUCAAAGACAUGGACAUCAAUCUGAUCGACAAGCAGUACUUCAAUUUGAUCCAGCUGCUGUGUCACUGGGUGGCCAUGAGCUCCGCCUGUUAUAACGCUUUCAUCUACGCCUGGUUGCACGACAGCUUCAGAGGGGAGCUGAAGAAGAUGUUCAGCUGGCGGAACCAGAAGGUGGCUCCGACCGUCCACUGCGUCCUGGCCAGCGGGGUCCUGUAA